UCCCUCUUCUCUCCUUCUCUCCUUCUCUCCUUCUCUCUCUCUCUCUCUCUCUCUCUCUCUCUCUCUCUCUCUCUCUCUCUCUCUCUCUCUCUCUCUCUCUCUCUCUCUGUUUCUCUGUCUCCCUCCUCGCGUGAGCGACAUUCCUAGCUGGUGAAAGGCAAGUUAAAAGUGAAGCGGACACACAAGCGAGGGAAGGAGGGAGGUGGAAGGAGGAGGAGGAGGUGGAGGAGGAGGAGGAGGAGAGCACAAAGAGAAGGAAAGUGGAGCAGGGGAGGGGAACGGGAAGCUGGCUGACGGCGGCGGCGACGGCGGGCAGACAAAAGAAGGAGAAGGCGAAGGAGACGCGGAGGGAGCGCAUACGAGGCGGAGGGGGGAGCGCAGCAAAUGGCCACGGAGGAGACGGCGGGGGGAGCCAGGAAAGCCACCAAGAGCAAACUGUUUGAGUUCCUGGUCCAUGGAGUGCGUCCCGGCAUGCCGUCCGGGGCGAGGAUGCCCCACCAGGGAGCGCCGAUGGGCCCGCCCGGCCCGCCGUACGGAGGCAACCCGGCGGCGCGUCCUGGGCUGCCCUCGCCGGUGAUGGAGGCCGGCCGCAAGAGGCCCGCCCCGUCCCAGCAGGUCCAACAGCAGCAGCAGCAACAACAGCAGCAGGCCGUCCAGAACCGGGCCAGGAAUGCAAAGAGGAGGAAAAUGGCAGACAAGAUUCUCCCGCAAAGGAUCCGUGAGCUGGUCCCCGAGUCCCAGGCCUACAUGGACCUACUGGCCUUCGAGCGCAAGCUGGACCAGACCAUCAUGCGCAAGCGCGUCGACAUCCAGGAGGCUCUCAAAAGGCCCAUGAAGCAGAAGCGUAAACUGAGGCUGUACAUCUCCAAUACCUUCAACCCGGCGCGUCCCGACGCCGACGACUCGGACGGCAGCAUCGCGUCGUGGGAGCUGCGGGUGGAGGGGAAGUUGCUGGAUGACCCGGGCAAGCAAAAGAAGAAGUUCUCCUCAUUUUUUAAGAGUCUGGUGAUCGAACUGGACAAAGACCUCUACGGACCCGACAACCACCUGGUUGAGUGGCACCGCACAGCCACCACGCAGGAGACGGACGGCUUCCAGGUCAAGCGGCCAGGUGACGUCAGCGUUCGCUGCACGCUGCUGCUGAUGCUCGACUACCAGCCCCCUCAGUUCAAACUGGACCCCCGUUUAGCGCGCCUGCUGGGCAUCCACACGCAGACGCGCUCGUGCAUCAUCCAGGCGCUGUGGCAGUACGUCAAAACCAACAAGCUGCAGGACUCCCACGACAAGGAGUACAUCAACUGCGACAAGUACUUCCAGCAGAUCUUUGACUGCCCACGGCUCAAGUUCUCCGAGAUCCCCCAGCGCCUCACCAGCCUCCUGCUACCCCCCGACCCCAUCGUCAUCAACCACGUCAUCAGCGUGGACCCCAACGACCAGAAAAAGACAGCUUGCUACGACAUCGACGUGGAGGUGGAGGACCCGCUGAAGAGCCAGAUGAGCAGCUUCCUGCUGUCCACCGCCAACCAGCAGGAAAUCGCCGCGCUGGACAACAAGAUCCACGAGACCAUCGAGUCCAUCAACCAGCUGAAGAUCCAGAGGGACUUCAUGCUGAGCUUCUCGCGGGACCCCAAAGGCUACAUCCAGGACUGGCUCAAGUCCCAGAGCCGAGACCUCAAGCUGAUGACUGACGUGGUGGGGAACCCCGAGGAAGAGCGUCGCGCGGCCUUCUACCACCAGCCCUGGUCCCAGGAAGCCGUCAGCCGAUACUUCUACUGUAAGAUCCAGCAGAGGAGGCAGGAGCUGGAGCAGGCCUUGGCGGUCCGUAACACCUAAACAAAAUGUUUGCCGGCAUUGUUCUCGUCGAGACAAGACGUCCGCCAAGGUCAGAACAUUAGGUACACCAGCACUGAAUCAAACUGAGUGGCUAAUAUUUUGUCCCAAUGUCAUGUAGCUAAAUAACCAAAAUAUUAGGAACCCCUCUCGGGCCUGACGCAUCGUCAUUGUGUGUUGUGUUUGCAACGGUACCUAAUGAAGUGGCCCGUGUGCGUCUUUUGCCACAUAUGCAUUGAUUGUUCAAAAACAACGACAAAAAGGUGGAACUCUGUGCAGUCGUUUUCCACGACUGAGAGCAAAGGUAAAAAAAAAAAAAAAAGUAAGGACACAAUGAGUUUUUUUUUUUUUUUUUUUUUCAA